AAGGGGGAAAAGAGUUUUGGAGUUGUACUAUUUUCCUAUAGUUUGGCAACUGGUUCAGAGUCUUUUGUUUUUCUUCAGAAGCGUUGAACUCAACUCAGUUUCUCAUAAAAACUAGGUUUACUUUAUCUCUAGUCCAUGCAAACCCAAGGCUACCACAAACACUAGUAGCUUUCCAUUUUUACCCCAACAAUGGUGUCGGAUUCCGUAUUGGUUGAUCGGCUCCGGGAAAUUCUCAAAGUUUCCGACCUUGAAACUACCACCGCCGGCAGUGUUCGUCGGAAGCUUGAGGAGGAAUUCGGGGUUGACUUAAAUGACAGAAAAGCCUUUAUCAGAGACCAAAUUGACCUUUUCCUUCGAACCCAUGUUGAGGAAACCCCGAACGACGACGUACAAGAAGUAGAACAAGAACAAGAAACAGAGAAUGUGAAGGAAGAGGAAAAUGAUGAUUCUUGCUCCCAAGAAGAAGAGAAUGAGACUGAUACAGGGGCAAAGGAGAAAGCUCGUAGGUCUGAGAAAAUGAAUGGAGAAGCAAAGAAAAAAGGGGGCUUUAACAAGCCAUGCGCACUUUCACCACAGCUUCAGAAAUUGGUUGGCGAGUCCGAACUGGGCAGACCAGAGGUUGUUAAGAAGAUUUGGGCCUAUAUCCGGGAGAAGAAUUUACAAAACCCACAGAACAAGCGGAAAAUUUUAUGUGAUGAAGUUUUGAGUGAAAUUUUCCGGGCCAAAACAAUCGACAUGUUCCAGAUGAACAAGGUGCUAUCCAAGCACAUUUGGCCCAUAGAUGAGGAAGAUGGAUCUUUUCCUUUGACUCAUGCAGCCAGUCAAGUCAAAUCCUCUGUGAAGAAAAGGCUACCGAAACAAGGAAGAGAAGAAGCUUUAGAUGAGCCAAAGCAGAAAGAGAAAAGGCACAAAGGGGGAGGAUCUGGUUUUCUUGCUCCAGUUCGGUUAUCAGAUGCCCUUGUAAAAUUCUUUGGUAUUGGUGAAAAUGCAUUAACUCGAGCUGAUGUUAUCAAGCGAAUAUGGCAGUAUAUAAAAGAAAAUGAGCUGCAGGAUCCAUCUGAUAAGAAGACAAUAAUCUGCGAUGAAAGGUUAAAAGAACUAUUUCAAGUUGAUUCCUUCCAUGGCUUCACAGUUACAAAGCUCUUGACUGCUCAUUUUAUCAAAAGAGAAGACUGAUCCUGUGGCUUGCUUGGAAUUGCAAUUGGGGUAACUUGUCUUCUCUUUGGCCCUGUUAAUGGUUGCUGCUUCUCUGUCUUAUUUCCUGUGGCUUUUAGGCAGAUUCAUUCAACCACAGAAUAGGAUCUUGAACGUUGACAAAAUAUAAUUGGAUCCUCCUGAUUAUUAACUAAGAUCAUCCGGAAUCAGUCUCGAGGGGAUAAAAAAAGCAAAAAGAUAAAAUGAAGAAAACAAAUUUGUUAUAUUCUUACUCCUGCUUAAGAUGUUCUUAGGGAUUGGUGUCUUAUCUUUUUAAAGUACUAACAGUCACACGAAAUUUCUUGUCUCCCUCUCUCUUGGCCAUUCCUUGUCAGUUCCUUUGGUCGAAUUUUCUUUUCCAUUGUUGCCCAGUGUUAUUGUUUGAAGUGAUGCAAAGCAAAUGAGUGAAGCCAUGCGCUUUGGAGAAAUGUGUGCUUUAAACAAUGACGCGCAAAGUCAUCAAACGAAAAGUGAUCGGUGCUUUGAAUCUCAACUUUGAGAAGUUGGAUUAAUGUCAACAUUAUUGCAUAGUAUAAGAUACUGAAAAUAAUUGGUUUGCUUGCAAUUUUGAGUAUUGUAGGCUAGUUUCAUUUGUUAAAUACUUUUUAGCUUUCUUUAAAUAUGUGCUUCAGUUUUCUCUUUGAACCACAUGAGCUUUUUUUUUUUUUGUUCUUUUCGCUUUUAGAAAUAAUGUUCUUGUUGUGGAUGUGAUUAUUCUUGUUCAUUCUUUUGCUGUGUUUGUCCUUACCGGACAAAGGAAGAGGGUUAUAGCGUAAAAGUUGUACGUUUACUUUCCCGUUGGUAGGUGUUGUACUUUUACUCUCUUUUUUCUUUUCUUUUUUUUUAUUCUUUUUUUGGUUUUGUAGAGUGUAGACUUGGCCCCUAUAACUUAAAACUUGUGCAGUUGUAUC